AUGGAACAGCUCAAAUGCCACGUCAAGCAGUACGCGUGGGGCAAGUUCGGUGAGGAUAGCGAGGUGGCGCGACUCUUCGCCGAUGGCCACGAGCAAUUCCGAAUUGAGCAGGAGGAGCCGUAUGCUGAGUUAUGGAUGGGAACUCAUCCGGAUGGUCCAGCGCAGCUCAAAAAAUGUUCCACAAAACUUUCAACACACUUGGCCAAAAAUCCAUCAUCAUUGACGAAUAAUAAUUCUGCCAAAAAUAUUCAUUUGCCAUUUAUUAUGAAAAUUAUGUCGAUCAGAACCACACUUUCACUUCAAGUUCAUCCAACAAAAGAGCAAGCCAAACGAUUGCACGAACGAGAUCCGAUAAAUUAUCCCGAUAGAAACCAUAAGCCAGAAUUAGCGUAUGCUUUAACAAGAUUUGAGCUUCUUUGUGGAUUUCGGCCAGCUCCAGAGAUUAUCGAAAAUCUUCAGACGUUCCCAUCAUUCAGGUUACUCAUGGGAGGCGACAGAUUGGCAGGAAAGUUGGAAAGCUGCAUCCAACAGUUCCCAGCAAACUCUUUGAAGUGUCGACAGGCAUUGGCGGCCUCAUUCCGGUACAUGAUGAUGGUUAAAGCAAAAGACGUCAAGAUUCUGGUGAACGAGCUGCUCGAUGAUCUCGAUAAUGGACUCCGCGGUGCACUUCAAGAAAACACGGUAGAAGUGAUUCGGAAGAUGUCGUUCGAUUUUCCCAACGAUAUCGGCAUCUUCUCUCCGCUAUUUCUCAAUCACAUGAUUCUCGAACCGGGUCAAUGCUGCUAUUAUGCUGCCGAAGAGCUUCAUGCUUACCUCAGCGGCGAAUGCGUUGAAUGCGUCGGUUGCUCGAACAACACAAUUCGCGCGGCAAUGACGCCAAAGUACAUCGAUCGGGAUGCACUCUGCGAGGUGCUGAAUUACAAAAUGACAGAGCCACACAAGUAUCUCGUCGAGCCGACGAAGUUGACAUCGUGCGUCGCCGAAUACGCACCAGACUGUAAAGAUUUCCAAUUGCACAAAAUCAAUGUGUCAAAAAAUGUGGAACGUGAAGAAGCGGCACUUCCAUCCCUCGAUUGUGCUUCCAUUCUAGUCAUUGUUAGUGGAAAAGCUGUUGUAGAAGAGACGACGCCCAACGAGGAAUUGGUUAGCAAAUAUAAAGUAAAACGAGGAGACAUAUUUUAUAUACCAUCAAGGCAGAAUGUCAGAUUUGUCGAUUGCGAAUCGGAUAUCGAAGCUUAUAGGACAUUCAGCUACGAAAUCGGACCAGAUCAUGAAUCGCGCAUAGUGUUCCCAGCGAAAACCAGCGAGAUCACCGAAUGCUCAGCCGAAGUCUCCGACACUCCCGAUAAGAUGUUCAAGCUAGAAUCCGAAAUUGACACCUAUGCUUAG